AGAAACUGUUAGGACUGGUUGGACUGACCUGAUCCUCCACACUUGCUUUCUCCUUUGUUGCCUGUCACUUUCACUAUGAUUAAACUUUCAGUGUACUUUUGUCUUCUUUCUGCUCUGAGUGUUGUGGCUAUGAAGCCUCUCAACAUAACUGGCCGUGCUGGGAAAAAUGUGACAAUCAAAUGCUCAGACUGGAACGUUUGGACAGAUGUAAAACAUAAUGUUAAGUACUUUUGUGUCAGUCCAUGCAAAAAAGAGGAACACAUCCUCAACCAAGCAGCACCUGGAAAGACUACAUAUGAAAACAGAAUAGAGUUAAACAACACAGGAGAAUUUUUAUUUGUGACCUUCACUGAUCUCAAGAUGUCAGACUCUAAGACAUAUUAUUGUGGAGUGAAGAGAUAUGUUGGUGAUUCAUUAUUGGCGGUGAAUCUCACAGUUACGAAUGCUGAGUCUUCCAGUCCCACGACAACUCCAAAAACAGUCAUUGUUGGUUCCACUCUCUCAUUUACAGUUACAAACAGCUCCACCAGGUCUUCAGACAGCUCCGAUUUUAUUACUGAUAUGUCUACUUCACACACGACCCUUAAUACAACAUUACCAAAUGUGUCAGCAACACAAGGAACCAGAAAUGUACCAUAUUUGAUUGCAGGUGUGAUCGCCAUAACAGCCAUGCUGAUGGUCUUACUGAUGCUUGUGUACAAGUUGAUGAAACAACUGAAAGUUAAGUCAAGGGCCGGUAAGCCACAAGAAGACACACGAGAGGCUGGUGACUAUGAUGAAAUCAGACGUGUCGACCAGACUGAUCCAGGCUGUCUGUAUGUUAAUUAUUUUCGCCACCAACACACCGAAUUAACAACUGAGAGCUGUUCAAAAGAUGAUUCUUCAAAUUCAGCUUCCAGGUCUGGGGUCAAUUUAAAGGGGGCGUGUGCAGACAGCAGAGUCCCAGAUCCCCAGUGUGACUUGGUGUACUCUGUUGCUCAGCGACCCAAAGAGCAAAUUGAACCCACUGGGCAAUCUGAGUCAAAUCAAUGUGAAAUUGAAAAUGACUCGUUCUGUUCCCUGGCUAAGUUACCACAGGCAACCUGAGGGAGGCUACCAUGGUCAAAAUGGAUGGAAAGGAACUGUCUUGAUGUAAAUUUAAAGAUAAAGUAAUGUGAAAAUGUAUUAUGAGAUUAGCAGGGAUAGGGAAGAGAAAACAAGGAACAAAUUAGCAUCUGCACACAUGGUCCAGCCUCUCCUCUAUUAUAUACUCAGACGCAAUAAUACUUCUCUCUCUCAUGUCACUAAGUCUGAUUAUCAUUGUCUGCUUUGUAACUCCAUUUACUUUAUGAAAUUGGAAUCAUGUUAGCCACAGGCACCCAGACAAAAGAGUGCACAAAGAUUCGUUCUCACUGAAAUGUUGCUCAUAAGGCUGAAAUCUGCUUGUGACAUUGCUGGGGAUGUAGUGUGCAGUACAAAGCUUGAAUAAAUACAAGAGCUGUUUUAUGAAAUGAAAUAUCCUAGACACUGUGUAGUUGACCUUGAAAAUUCUUUUUCUGAUUAUCUUCCUCAUUAGUACUUUACAUUCCUGUCUAAUUAUACAGUUACACAUAUUUUAUUCUUUCUAUUUUUUUAAUGUGUCUGUAGCUGCUUUUACUUGCACACAAAACCUUGUACUUCUACACCUUCAUUGCCAUAAUGCCUUCCCUAACCCUACACCUAACCCCACCCACUACUAGUAAAAGCCUAACUCCAAUCUUAAUCUUCUUUUUAUCUAACCUAAACCUAUUUCUAACUUGAACCUUGAAACCAAUUUUGAAUCCUCAAGCUGGCCCUUUGUGUGUGAGGACUGGUCAAAAUGUCCCCACUUUCCAAAAAUGUCCUAAUUCUCAAGGUCUAAAACAAAGAUUAGUUCUCAAAAAGCCAAAACAUUAAAAUGAAUGCUUGACACUGGCUAAUACUUUCAUUAGGGUGAACAGGAAAUACAGCCAUCCCAAAAUAGUUGUGAUGCAUCUGCCUUUGCUAUUAUCGUGUAUGAAAUAGAUAAGCAGUGGAGCUUCCUCUAUAUCAGAAUACUCAGAGGAAGCCCCCCCCCAAAGCCACAUUAUGCAGCCCACAACUGUUCCACUUUUGCAACUCACACUGGACCUCUAAAUGGAAAUCUAUUACUAUUCAAAUGUGAGGCACUGUCAGCCCACUUGUUUCACUUGUAUUCUAAUGUAAAUAUAAAGUUAUUUAUUUUUGUUAUUUGUAUCUAAACUUUUAGUAAUGCAUCACUUGAAAGCUCAUAUUUCUAUAUUUAGUCACUGAAGCAGUAAUGUUGCUUUUAAUCCCUUUUUUUGAGAAACACUUUGCAUUUUUUUAAUUUAGUUGUACAUUUAUUCUAAUAAAUCUAUGUUGAUCUGAGUUUUUUAAUGUCAUCCACUGUCAUGUUUUGUAUUAUGCACAUUGUGAACAUCACUAAUGCUGACAGUCCCAUAUUAAAACAGAAUUACAUGUAAAGUUCCUUCAUUCAUUCAUUAAA